CUGUGGCGCUCUCUCUUUCUCCCUCUCCCUCUCACUCUCUCUCUGUCGCCCCCACUACAGGAGAACGAGCUACAUUUUCAUUCAGCACAGAUCUCCUCCAGGAUCAGACCUCCCCUCCUCUCCUCUCUCUCUCUCUCUCGCCUUCACCAUUACCCAGCCUUGGACUAUGUUGCUGCUGCCGCCGCCGCUGCCGCUGCUCGCUGCAUCCUCCGCAGCCCGUCGCUAGCGAGGGCUGUAUAGAGAUAGAUAGAUAGACAUUUAGAAUUGCACAUCUGUAUGUGCACGCACACGUCUAGAUCUGAAACAUCCACCCCAAGUCUUGUCACACCGGCAUGACAAGAAGGCAAACGACUCUGGCCUCAGCUAGCGUGCACCGUCUACAAGGUCGCCUCUACAGCGGGACCCGGCACCAAAGCGACGGCGGCAACUUCAUGCCGAGAUAUCACCCGUCCGGAGCUCGCUGCAGUACAGCCGCGGAGGAGGACCGUGACUAGGACCCCGCAACAUGGAGCAAGAAUGAACAGAAAGUGGCUGAAAGAAAAGCAUGAACUGGAGGUUAAUUGAAUUCAUCUACCUGCUGUUUAUAUGGGACCAUAUAACAGUAAAACCUUCCCGCCAGAAUCCUGCAGCCGCCCAGAAUCAUGUCACUAAGCAGUUUGAUUGGCUUAUAUCGGACCGGGGUCCGUUCCACAAUUCGAGGGGAUAUUUAUCCUUUGUGGAAAGAUAUCGUCAAGGAUACACAACAAGAUAUAAAAUAUAUAGAGAAUUUGCACGUUGGAAGGUGAGGAAUACUGCGGUGGAGAGGAGGGACCUCAUCCGAAAUCCCAUCCCACUCAUGCCGGAAUUCCAGAGAAGCAUCCGCCUGCUUGGGAGGAGGCCGUCAACCCAGCAAGUGAUCGACACCGUCAUCCGAAAAUACGGAACGCAUGUCCUCUCAUCCGCUAUCCUUGGAGGAGAAGAAGCCCUUACCAUGUACAUGGACAAAAGCAAGUUGGAUAGAAAGUCAACAAAUGGCAGUCAGAGUGUCGAGGCCCUUCACCAGCUCGCCUCCUCCUACUUCAUCGACCGCGAUGGGACGAUGCGCAGACUUCACGAAAUACAAAUCUCAACUGGAGCCAUCAAGGUGACCGAGACUCGAACUGGACCGUUGGGAUGUAGCAGCUACGAGAACCUUGACUCAGUGAGUUCUGUCCUUCUGCAGAGUCCUGAGAGCAGGCUGCAUUUGCAAGGUCUGCAGGUUGUUCUUCCUGAAUACCUGAGGGAGAAGUUUGUGCAGUCGGCCUUGAGCUACAUCAUGUGCAAUGCAGAGGGGGAAUACAUCUGUAAGAACAGCCAGUGCGCUUGCCAAUGUGCGAUGGAAUUCCAACAGUGUAACUGCCCUAUCACCGACAUCCAGAUCAUGGAGAACACAUUGUCCGGACUGUCCGAGUCCUGGAACACGGCCUAUAAAGAAUUUGAAAUGUCAGAUGAGUUCAAGUCCUUCUUGAAGCGGUUACCCAGCACCCACUUCCUGACCAUGGGCAGUGUCCACCAGCACUGGGGCAAUGACUGGGAUCUGCAGGCACGGUACAAGAUGCUACUGGGGACAGUGGAGCUGCUGAAGUUAAAGAUCCAGCGCACCGCCCGCAAACUCUUCAGCCUCAGCAUCCAUUGCCGACACAACCCCAACCACCAAAUGCCCCGGGAAAGGUCCGUGCACCAGUGGUUGAACCGGGUCCAGUCGUUUUUGUACUGCAGUGAGAACGGUUACUGGGGCACGUUCCUAGAGAGCCAGAAGACGUGCGUGUGCCACGCGGUGGCCAGCGUUUGCCAGCGCGCCAUCCCGUGCAACAUCGGCAGCAACAGCAGCUGCGCCAUGUGCAGCCUGGCCAACAUCUCGCUGUGUGGAUCAUGUAACCGGGGCUACAAGCUGUACCGUGGCCGCUGCGAGCCGCAGAACGUCGACUCGGAGCGCAGCGAGCAGUUCGUCAGCUUCGAGACGGAGCUGGACUUCCACGACCUGGAGCUGAACUACCUCCUGGCAAAGAAGGACUCCAGGCUGUCCAUCCAGACCAUGUUCAUCAGCAACGAGAUCAGGCUGGACACCUUCUUUGACCCGCGCUGGAGGAAGCGCAUGUCCCUGACGCUGAAGAGCAACAAGAACCGGGUUGACUUCAUCCACAUGGUGGUGGGCCUGUCCAUGAAGAUCUGCCAGAUGAGGAACAGCAGCCUGGACCCGGUGUUUUUUGUUUACAUUAACCCCUUCAGCGGCAGCCACUCGGAGGGGUGGAACACGCCGAUAGGCGAGUACGGCUACCCCAGCUGGGAGAAAACGAGACUGCGCGACUCACCGUGCCACAACUGGACCCUGCUGCUUGGCAACCGCUGGAAGACGGUGUUCGAGACCGUCCACGUCUACCUGCGGACCCGCGCCAAGUUGCCGGCGGCCCUGCGCAACGAGACGGCCCAGGGGCCCGUGGACCUGUCGGACCCCAGCAAGCGGCAGAUCUACAUCAAGAUCUCGGACGUGCAGGUUUACGGUUACAGCCUGCGCUUCAACACGGACCUCCUGCGCAGCGUGGUGCAGCAGGUCAACCAGUCGUACGCCCAGGGCAGCCCCUUCCACUCCUCGUCCUCCGUCAUGUUGCUGCUCCUGGACAUCCGGGAGCGCAUCAACCGGCUGGCCCCACCAGUGGCCCCCGGCAAAUCCCAGCUGGACCUCUUCUCCUGUAUGCUCAAGCAUCGGCUGAAGCUCAACAGCAGCGAGGUCAUGAGGAUCAACCACGCCCUGGACAUCUACAACUCCGAGGUCCUCAAGCGGGCCGACCUGCUCACCACCAAACUCUGUUGACACUCACCAGCAGGACUUGUACAGCGGCAAACGCAGCAACAACAACACAACAACAACAACAACAACAAGAAAGAAA